GGACUUGAACUGCGCUAUAUGUCGCCGUUGCCAACGACAUUUUGCCCAUUUGUAAAGAGAACAUUUUAUUAAAUUAUAAAAAUGCAUUUAUAUUAAAUAAAUGCAAUUAUAUUAAGGUAUAAAAAUUGCCUUUUAGUCUAUGCUGUGUAUCGAUAUAUGAUCGUAUCAGCCCUAUUCACCAUGUUGGGCAUCUUUUAGAGUAGAUGUUGCUCUUGAUAUCUGCUGUGGGAUGAACGGGGUAUGCCAGUAAUCAGGUUGCAAUGCCUGCAGGCUAGAAACCUGGAAGCAUCGAACAUCAUGUGUUGCCCAGGCUUCCUGGAACCGAAGCAGUUAAUGUUUCGCUGUAAUUGGCACCCGCAGCUGCUCUCCAGUUCGACAGGGAUGAGUUUGGAGCCUCUGCCUUGCGUGACAGCUGCCUAAUUGGGCAUUCUCCCCUUGUGGCAGGUGCCGCCUCCUCCAGUCGGGCUGCUGAAGAAUGGCAGAGGAUUACAGAUGAGGACAUGGUGACCCUCUCUACCUUCCAUUGGCGUGGGGAGUGGGGGGUGGCGGUGUGAUGUAGUUCAAUGCCGUUGGGUUAGCAGGAGGAGGAAGUGAGGGUGGGGUUUUGCCAGGUGGCGGAUGACAGAGUGUCACAUGACAGUGUCAGUGUGUCAAGGGCGCAGAUUUCAGCAGUGCUACAGCAACCUGUUUUUUUUCUGUCGUUCUUUUUGAGGUUUUCACUCUAGUUUUAUAGCUCCUGGCUGUCUUCACACUUCAGGAUGUCAGCUUCCUGUGUGUUCCUGUGUAGCUUCUCUUUCUAUUCUCCAGCUGUGUAUGAAACUGCCAAGGUUCCCGUGUGGCCACGUCUGAGAUCAGAAGAGCAAACAGUGAAUGCUGAGCCUUUGGUUUCUCCCAGAAGAACUUCCAAAUAUAGAGUGCAUGCUUCAUUGGGACAGAGAAACCUCCUCAUUCCUCUGAUUGUACUCAGAACAUCAUUUUAAAGCAGUCUGGAUUUACUCAUUGAAUGCACAGCAAUGUCAGUUGGGUUGUCGUGCUUGACAUUACGAAUGCCCUCUGGUCCUAUAUGUAAAACUUAUUGACUGAAAGGAACAAAAUCCAAAGCACUGCUGGAGUUCUCUGCUCUCAUCAUUUAUGGCACAGAUCUUACUAAGACAUUUUCAGUAGUUGUAAAACACCACACCAGGGCAUCCUGCUGUUGAACAUGACUCAUGGGGUGGAGUCUGGCCCUGAAACUCACCAGGAUUCUGCUGCUUUAACAUAUCUGGAAGGUUUGCUAAUGCAUCCGGUCACCACUGGGCCUGCUGCCACUGCCACACAGAGAUCAGAACCUGUCCACAACAACGUAGAAAAUGGCAACAGGCUAACUAGGGUGUUUCAGCUCCCCAGUCAUGGCUCCCCCUCGCCAGACAAGGGUAGACCACCUAGUGUUGUCUCGCAGCACCUUAAAAAAGCCAGACUGCUUCGCUCAGGAGCGUGGAAUGAAGAUGACAGCCAGAAAAGAUCAGGCACUGUAGUGGAAGUGAAUGGACAGAGAAGGGAGCACUACAAAGGAAGCCUGGAUGGCUCUGGGCAGGGGGAGAGCACCUUGCUGGCUUCUCUGCUGCAGUCCUUCAGCUCUCGGCUGCAGAGUGUCGCCUUGUCACAGCACAUUUCUCAAAGCCACAAACCGCUCGACAGGGAGAGCAGUGAAAGUGCUCCUGUUGAUAAGGAAACCUACCAGAGUUACGGCACAGCGUCAGGCCGCCUAAAAAGCCUCAUGAGGAAAAGCAAGCAACAGAAACAAAAUACCGUGCCUUACUGUCGUCAGAGUAACCAGAAUCGAGGCUCUGAUUCUCCUCAUUCCUCUCAAAGUUCUGCCCAGCCCACUAGCUCAGAAUCAAUGUCCUGCACAGAGCGGCUCAAGGCUGUUGCCAAUAUGGUACGGACCAGGUCCAGUCCAGCCCCUUCACCCAAGCCCAGUGUCGCUUGCAGUCAGCUGGCCUUGUUGCUGUCCAGUGAGGCUCAUCUACAGCAGUACUCCAGAGAACAGGCCUUAAAAGCACAAUUAACCAGUCGAUCAGCCAGCGAGAGGCUAGCUGCUAUGGCUACUCAACAAACGCAGGAUAAGAGGCCUCCCAGCAUGGGGCAGCCAACAACCGCCCCAGACAUGCUAAGCUCCUUAAAUGUUCAAAACGGAACACUCCCCCCAACAGUGAUAAAUUCUAGCAAAAGAAGCCCAUCCCUUUCCUCACCCACCAUGAGACCCCCCAAAGAGAGACGGCCCUUUGAUAGACACGGUCGACCACCGCAGAACUGCAGCAGCCUUUUGCUCCUACUUCUCAACAAUCACAACUCCCAGCAGCAGCUCACCAGAAACGGACACCUGGAGGACGAUUGCAGCAUCCUCCAGAGCCGGGCCUCCUCCCUGCAUUCUGACAGCGAGUACUCCAACCAGGAUAACAGUCUGACCAAAGAUAGCAGUGAUGCUGAGAGCUUCUCCAGCUGUUCCCCCAUUGACCUCUCCAUGAAAAGCAGAGUGCCUAGCCAAAAAUCUGAGCCCUGCUCUUCAUUAACCCCCUCUGUGGAGCUCACAGAGUCUCUCAUAAACAAAUGGAAGCCGGAACCUUCCAUGCCAAAGGUCCAUGAGGCCACAGAUCUGGAUGCCAGCCCAGACGUAAAAUCCCAUGAUAAGGUCACUCUAAUGCAGUUACUGCUGGACCGCAGAAAAAAUGAGAAGGUAAACAAAAGUUCAGAUAAUCCUAGUUUGCAGCCAGACGCAAUAAUCGGUAGCUUGACUACAGGCCCACUUAAACGGAUUGGCACACCUGAGGACAGCAGAACACUGAGUCCUCUGGACAGACAAACAGCUACCUUCAGUUCGGUCUCCCCUUCGUACUCCUUCCCCUCGCCUCAUGCCCAGUCCAGUCCAUUAGAUCUGUGCAAAUCUAAAGCUCACUCAAGUGAAAAGAUGGUGGAGCCUCCGUUCAGUGCCAGCAAGCUACUACAGAAUCUAGCCCAGAGUGGUAUAAAAAACUUGUCACCUUCUCCCCCUCCUUUACACACUCAAAUGGCGACGAGCAGAAGGCAAAGCCCAGAACUUGAGCUUAACAAGCCUCAGGCCCGAUUGGAUCGACUUGUCAUUCCAAACAAGCGGAACAAAGCCUCUGUACUAGAUGGAGGUUCCCCUCCUGCUCUCCCACCUCACAAAUGUAACCAAUCACUCUCGGCGUCAUCACAGAUAGAAAACCUUCUUGAGAAGCGCACUGUACUGCAACUUCUGCUUGGAACGGCUUCCCAGAAAGAAAGAACCAGUGGGCACAGAUUCUUGGAAGUAACCUCAGGGGGGCUGGAGAAGCCUCAGACAGGCUCCGUCAACUGUGUCAGUUCAAACAAGCCUUCACUGGACCAUAAGAUCAAAACGGAGCCAGUAGAGGAGAAUUUUUCAUCAGACAGCUCUGAUGAUGGGGUGUACCAUCAGAGACGAUCAUUACAACACUCACCCAUUGCUGAAGCACAGGACACAAUCAAAUCUGAGUUAUGUCCUACAGAAACAGCUGCUAAAUUUGGACUUCUCAGCCAGCUUUUGAAGCAGCAGAAUGCUACCUACCAUUCAAACCCACACACUAGGCACCUCAGGAACUCUGUAAAAGAGGAGCCAAUGGAUUUUCAGAGCCCCGUUCCUAAAAAAAGAAAACUGGCAGAGCGCCUAAGUGAUGAACUUUGUCAAUCGUCUGGAGAUACCACUAGUGACAAUCUCGUGUCUGGAACACCUGAAUUUAAUGGUAGAGGCCUAGUAAAACCAAAAGAGGAGGAGGUAGUUGGGAGUCCCAAGAGCAAAACUUCUCUCUCCAGAGAAAGCCAAGGCUUCAAUGUUCUCAAGCAACUCCUCCUGUCAGAGAACUGUCUGAAGGAGCUUACCCAGCCUCGAGGGGCGCCAAGUCCCUUCAUCCUUCAGGCAAACUGUGCAGCCAAUGGGAACUUAUCCCAGUCUGGUUUCCCUCACGAGUUGUCAAACUUGCCGUGGUACCCCUAUUCUCUCAGUACAGGUCCCAAAAUAGCACCCACACCUGUUGAUACCACAGGGGGGUCGUUAGUCUGGGCUAACUCCUCUCCCAAAGCCAGUCCUAAACCGGUUAAAAAAGAACCUGAAGGGUCUCAUGGAGAAACUUUUAGCAGGGAGGAGAGAUCCAGUCCAGACUCACCCCCUUUAACCAGGUCUAAUCCAAUUCUUUACUACAUGCUUCAGCGGGGAAACGGUCAGCUCAGACCUGAGAUCCGGGAUCAGGUGCAGCCGGCCCACUGUGUCAUGAGUGCAAAAGUGGAGCCGCACAAUGACUAUGAGCACAGAAUAAACUCUCCAGUCCACAGACAGACUCAUAGCCAGAGAGAAGAGAGCCUAAAUGGUUCUGUGGAAAAAUGGUAGAUGUGAACUGCCAAAGAUGGAGAGAAUCUGAAGAACUGCAUGUACGGUAUUUGUCUAUAAUAUGUUUUUUCAUCUUAAAACAGAAACUGAAUAAAUUUAUCCAUGGAACAUGGUCAUUCACGUUUGGUUGUCUGACACUGCUUGAAAUGAUUUAAUUUGUAUGUUUGUUUGAUUUUGUUUUUUUUGUUUUUUUUUAUUGAUGUCAGAAUAAGAUGGUCACAUGAUUCUCCAUGAUAUAAUUAUUUUGCAUACACAUCUUUGAAUGUUUUUUUUUUUUUUUAAUGUAUGCUAAGCUAAAUUCUUUGUUCAGCACAAUGUAAAAUGUCCACCACAAAAAGCUUUUUCUCCUUCCACAACUGAAACAUUUAUGAAGAACAUCCAAUUACGUGUAUUAUUGAUGAAUCCAGAAAUGUUACUGCUAAUUUCACACUAUAUUUAUCUACAGCCAAAUCAGGAUCCUUUCCAUUUUAUUGAGGCAAAGAAAAUUGUACAGUCUAAGCACAAUAUUGGAUUUGUGGCAUUGAAAUGUCCAAUUAUAAAGUAUAUUUUCUUACAGCUGAAUUUAAAGGAAUGGCAGUGUAAUCUAUCAGGUAUCUUUCUUGUAAAGCUAGCUGAGGUCAAGAGGGUUCUCACGUGAUCAAACGGUAAAAACAUUUAUUGGAAUGUUCCACAAUCGUAACUUAGUCAGAUUUACAGUGCUUUAUUUUUCAUCUGGAAUGAAACUAUAGCAGUUAUGUGGUGAUAAUGGCAUGACGUUUAAAAAACUACAAUAAAGCUGAGUGUCAUAUUUUUAGCCAAUGAAAUGUAUCUUUUUACAAUUUUGUAUAAUUUGUUGUUUUGUAUUCUAUCUAACUAUCCUGUAUGUAGCAUUCACACAUUUACGGUGUUAGGAAUUUUGAAAGAGGUGAUACUGUAUGUCCACCAAAGCUGUGGCGGUUAAUUAUGAAUAAUAUUUAUGGACUGAAAAUGUUCCAGGAUACUGUGUGAAUCAGACGCUCUACUGUGAGAAGGGAUUGGAAUUCAGUCUAAAUCUUUUCUUUUUUAUGUUCACUUUAUUUGAAAUAAUUUUCAGGGUUUUUUUUUUUUUUUUCAGAUAGGCCCAUCACUCGAGUCUUAAACGUUAUCCUACAAAAAAAACAAAAAACAGAUUUUAUUCCACAAUCUCUGUACGAGUCAUAAAUUUAUGUAAAUAUUGCUUUCAAGAUUACUAUUUUGUAUUGUUCAAGACAUAAAAAAAGUUUUUAACGUCUUGCAGUGUACAUAUGAAAACCGUAAUAGUGUACAUAGGGUACUGGAGGAUGACACUUUUCUGCAUGUCUAUGUUGUGCUAACGAUAAUCUUUGUUCAUCUAUUGCUCUGUCCGAGGCUCUUUGCUGCCUGUAGCAUGCACACGCAUGGGGAGUCCCUGUGUUAAGGGAAAUGUCAAGUCUUAAAAUAGAUGUUUUUAUCAUGGAGAGAUGGGUACUUAAACCAUCAUCUAUCUGCAAAUGCAGUCCUAAACUGUUGAGCCAGUGCUCAAACCUGAGGAAAAAAUGUGCAUAAUUUGUUUCUUUUUUUUCUGAAUGGUUUUGUUCGUAAUUCUUUUUUUGUUUUUUUGUUUUUUAACUAACUAAAAAACAAAAUUGUUUAUUUUAGAGUCACUCUGCAGUGUUGUGACUCUGCAUUGUGAAUAACUAAAAAAAAAAAAAAAAAAACUUCAUAUACUCCUAUGUUGACUGGAGCCUUUUAGUUUUCUUAUGGUCUUUGGUGUUUAUUUGCACUGAUAGCAUAAUAAAAUAUUGAAAUGCACAGAAA